AUGGCGGCCGGAAGCGCACGAUACGUGCGAUACAUUCUCAUUGCCUUCUUUGUUGUAGCCCUGCUCUUCUGGAUCUCCCGCUCAGACUACAAUGCGAUCCCUCGAACACCUAUAGACUUUACAGACGGGGGAAAGACAAGCACUGGCGAUGGUAGCAAGCCCGUCGAUAAACCUGUCGACAAGCCAUAUAGCCCUGCUAAAUCAAGCGGAGGCGACGCCACUGAACACCCUCUCGUGACCACACCUGGCGAGCCAGAGUGGGAGGAUUUGGUCAGCCUCGCACCCGGUCCGAGAAUGAAUGCCACCUUUGUUACGCUCGCCCGUAACUCUGACGUCUGGGAGAUUGCUCGAUCGAUCCGACAGAUUGAGGACCGCUUUAAUCGCCGCUACAACUACGACUGGGUAUUCCUCAACGACAAGCCUUUCGACGCGACCUUUAAGAAAGUCACAUCGUCACUCGUGUCUGGAAAAACUCACUAUGGCGAGAUCCCCAAGGAGCACUGGUCUUUCCCGCCGCACAUUGAUCAAGAGAAGGCGAAGAAGGUUCGUGAGGACAUGGCUGAGCGUAAGAUCAUCUAUGGCGACUCCGUUUCCUACAGACACAUGUGCCGAUUCGAGUCCGGUUUCUUCUUCCGUCAACCUGCGAUGAUGAACUACGACUACUACUGGCGUGUGGAACCGAGCGUCGAGCUCUUCUGCGACAUUCACUACGAUCCUUUCCGCUACAUGCAUGAGAACAACAAGAAGUACAGCUUUGUGCUCAGCCUGUACGAGUACGUCGAGACCAUCCCUACGCUCUGGGAUUCGACGAAGAAGUUCAUGAAGAACCACCCCGAGCAUAUCGUGGAAGACAACUCUAUGGGUUUCCUCAGUGACGAUGGUGGUGAGAACUACAAUCACUGUCAUUUCUGGUCCAACUUCGAGGUCGGUAGCUUGAACUGGCUACGUUCCCAGGCGUAUACCGAUUACUUCGAGUCUCUCGACCAGGAUGGUGGUUUCUUCUACGAGCGAUGGGGUGAUGCUCCUGUCCAUUCCAUCGCCGCUGGAUUGAUGUUGAAGAAGGAUGAGAUCCACUUCUUCAAUGAUAUUGCUUACUACCACGUCCCAUUCACACACUGCCCCACAGGCGAGAAGCUGCGCACCCAACUGCGCUGCCACUGCAACCCCAAGGACAACUUUGACUGGAAGGGAUACUCUUGCACUUCAAGAUAUUUUGAGAUUAACGGUCUGGAGAAGCCGGAGGGAUGGGAGAACCAACAAGACUAG